AAUCGUCUCAUACAAUCACAUGUUUGUUUUGACUUUUAUCAGGUGUUUAUAGCCAAUCAAUGGUUUGCUUUUGGAAAAUAUUUUCUUGGCACGGCUAAUACAGCUAAUAUUUUCAACAAUGUCGAAGCGGGUAUAAUUGCAUCAAUGAUCAAGACACUUUUUACAAUUAACCAAUUGGACAAGACUAUAUGAUGCACUUGCAGUAUUUUUCUUGCUCUUCAUGCUAGGCAACAAUCCAAUUCAUACUAAUUUGUAAAAAUGGUUCAUACCACAUCUCUGCUAACCAAAUGUAUAGCACUUUAGUAUGAUUAAUUUAAUCUGCUAAGGCGUGAACUUUUGUUUCUCCUUAGUAUGGAUUAAUUUAUCCAAGAAAUAUAAAAAAGUGGAAAAAGACUGUAGUAAAUUUUAUAUUUUCUAAAACCUCUUCUUCCUUAACAGCCAUAAUUUGACAUAUUUGAAAAAUAAUAUUCAUAUACAAAAUGGAUUUAGAUUACUAUGAAUCUUUAGGAUAUAAUGAAAGCGAAGAAGUUUUAAUUAAAGUUAAAAAAGAUAUAUUAAAUUCACUUGAAUUAGCUUUAUGGACGUAUGAAAACAAGUAUGAUAUUGAUGAAGAUAUUAUAGAAUAUUGUGUGUCAUCUUUUGUGAUACAUGACUACAUAAAUGAAAAAACUAAAGAUAUCCUAAAAAUACAUGAUCCAGUUACAUUAUGCAGUUACAAUAAAAUAAAGCAAUCUUCAUUGAAUAAAUUAUUAGAGAUAAAUAACUCUGCUGUAACUCAAGUGAGAAUUGGACAAGCAGCAAUUAAAUACGGAUUUAAAGAAAUAUUCUUGAAGUUGAAAUUUAGAACAGAUGUAGCAUUAUUUAAUAUGUGCACUACAUACGAAACAAAAGUGUUUCAUGAUAUUAUGAUGGAACACAUUUAUAAAGGAGAAAAGGUAACAGAUUUUCUAAAUUACGGUUGUAUUACUUAUGAAAAUGAAGAAAUGGAUGAUUUAGUAAAAGGCAUAGAGGAUUCCAUGAUAUAAAUAAUGAGAAAUUAAAGGAGGAUUUUGAAUCAUAUCGAAAAAUUACUCUUUGCAUAUAAAAUCUAAUAUAUUCUUAUGGUUAUGC